GAAGAAGAAGAAGAAGAAGAAGGAGAAGAAGAAGAAGAAGAAGAAGAAGAAAAUGAAAAUGAAAAUGCCUCUGAAAUUCGGGAGAAAAACGCUACUCGCUGUUUUUUCAACUUAAAAAAAUAAAGCUUGUAAAAAGCGUUUCCUGUAUUAGAGUAACAUGAGUGACUAGUCCUGUGGUGCAUAGACGAUCUUCGGCCGCCGGUUGCACCAGUAGGAAGGAAGCCGCCUGUUGACAGAGGACAGGGCAGGACGCGACUCUGCGGGCGACGGGCUGGUUUGUGGAGGAGCAGCAGUAGCGGGCUGUCAUGGACAGGACGGCCGUGGUGAAGGUCGGAGCCGCGGCUAGCGCCAGCGUCUGCGCUCUGUUCGGCGGAGUGGUUCUGGCGCAGUACAUCGUCGCAAAGAAGAAGCGGGCGGGCAAGAAAACCAGGAUCAUAGAGAUGAUGCCUCAGUUUGAGAAGACGACGGUCCACAUGAGGGACCCCGAGAGGGUGGAGCAGAUCAUCUGUGGACUCAUCAAGGGAGGAGCUUCCAAACUACAGAUCAUCACAGACUUCGACAUGACGUUAAGCAAGUUCGCCGUCAACGGCAAACGCUGUCCAACGUGUCACAAUAUCAUCGAUAACUGCAAGUUGGUGACAGAAGAGUGUAGGCAGAAGCUGCUUCAGCUGAAGAACAAAUAUUAUCCCAUCGAGAUUGACCCCAACCUCACCAUGGAGGAGAAAUACCCAUUCAUGGUGGAGUGGUAUUUCAAGUCGCACACACUACUUGUGGAGCAGCGGAUAGAGAAAGACAAACUGCCGGAGGUGGUGAGGGAGUCUGACGCUGCACUCAGGGAAGGCUACGAGCAGUUCUUUGACCGGCUGCAGCAGCACGACGUGCCCGUCUUCAUCUUCUCUGCCGGCCUGGGCGACGUCCUAGAAGAAAUCAUCCGCCAGGCCGGAGUCUACCACCCCAACGUCAAGGUCGUCUCCAACUUCAUGGACUUCGAUGAUAAUGGCGUCUUGAAGGGUUUCAAGGGCGAGCUGAUCCACGUGUACAACAAACACGACGGCGCCCUGAGGAACACGGAGUACUUCAAACAGCUGAAAGAAUACUGCAACAUUAUCCUCAUGGGUGACUCGCUGGGGGACCUCAGCAUGGCCGACGGCGCUCCCAGCGUGGAGAACAUCCUCAAGAUCGGCUUCCUCAACGACAAGGUGGAGGAGCGAUUGGACAAAUAUCUGGACUCUUACGACAUCGUCCUGGUGAAGGACGAGACUCUGGAAGUGCCCAAUGCCAUCCUCCAGAAGGUUCUAUAACUCCGCCCACAAGUUCACCCCCCCCACAUCCACCCUCUUAUGUUGGGCAUUUAACAGUGACAUAAACCGUGGUCGCUGGUGCAGACUGGUCAGUGUUUAACACCCCCACUCCCCGGGAUCCCAUCAGAGUCCUCUCCCGAUGGAAGCCUCUUUUAGAAGUCCUCAGCAGCAUCAGCACGUCUCUCGUAUGUUUAGUCCAUUUCAGUCGUUUCUCAUGUUCUCCUUCUCACUCAUUGUAUUAUAAAAGAAAAAGAAUAACCAAAACUCUCACGCCACCUUUAGAAAUUUGCACAUUAUUUUUAUAAUUAUUAUUCAUUGGAUUAUUUUUGGUUUGGUAAUGUUUUUGUACCAUUAAUCAGGUGCCCACAGAUAGACAUAGUGUUUUCUUCUGAACUUUCCUAGCAUGCCUGUCACCGCAGUCUCUUUAUGCGACUCUGUUACGAAGUCCUGGAAGUCAUGGAAUCAGCUUAAACACCACGAGGACCUUGGAAAAUGCUCGGAAGAAUUCAAAUGUGUAGCCCGGUGACAGUAGUAAUAUACAGUUAUGACCCGCGACACACAUGGCCAUCUGAACUCCUUAUCACGCGUGGCAGCGAUAUUGAUCUGUGGAUGAUUGAACAGGUUCUUUGCACAGGAAAGUGAUGUUUACAUGAGCUUUUUUUUUUUUUUUUUACCCGGUGUGUCUGUUGUCAGGUCAACACUCAGAAGGAAGGAAGCUCUACAUGCUGUAGUUGAAACAUUCACGGCAAACGCCUUUUUAAAAAUUUGUUUUUUGCACAGCUGACGCAAAAAUCUGGUGUUCUCCGUGCCAGUGCUGAUGGAAGGUUCAAAAGGGAUUGAAUAGUGUUAAACGUCACCUCCAGUGGUCACGAGCAGGAACUACAACACUGAGAAAAGCCCCUUCAACGAAAGUAACAGGUUGAUUCCUGCAGUUUCUCAUUUCAAAUCAAAUUUUGCAGUAUUACAGUAUAUCUGCAGUGUUGUUUCAGUGGGCACAAGGAAACACACUUUUCCACUGUAAUUCAUCCUGUGUACCUCUAAAAUAUAUAGUUUUUGGGGUGGGAUGGGGGGGCAUCUCAUUUUGUCUCAUCACGUUGUGUUGAAUGUUUUCUUUGACUUUGUGUCUGUUUUUAAAUGUGCUGCUAUCACCUGCAUGUUGCCUUUUCUUAUCGUUAAGUGUAUGUAAAAGAGAUGAGAGACUAAAAUAUAUAUAAAUAUAUAUAUAUAAAUAUAUAUGUAUCAAUAAAACAGGGAAUAAUGUCAUGCUGUAUAAGUAAACAUCUAAUGGAAAUCUGUAUUGUUUCACGGCAUUUGGGGAUGUUUCCAAAAGUAUAGACCGGUGUGUUGUAUUUUUAUAAGCAGAUAGCUUUUCUCUUUUCUUUGAUGGUGUGAACUGAAAAAUGCAAUAAUUGAAAUAAAAUGUCAUUUUGUGAGCCAUGGUCUGAUCACAGACCAGACAGUAA